AGACCAAGCCGGGUAGGCGCUGGCUCCGUCGCCUCCAAUCCCCCGGGCCGACCAGGGAAGGUGGGAUACUCUGAUGGUCGGGCCUGCGGCGCUGAGCGCGGCGGGCGCGGCUGCUCUGGUGGCCGCCCUGCUCCUGCUGCGCUGUGAGGACCCAGGGCCGGGGGCUGGCCCCAGCAUGGCCGAAACAGAAGCACUGUCGAAGCUUCGGGAAGACUUCAGGAUGCAGAAUAAAUCCGUCUUUAUUUUGGGCGCCAGCGGAGAAACCGGCAGAGUGCUCUUAAAGGAAAUCCUGGAGCAGGGCCUGUUUUCUAAAGUCACGCUCAUUGGCCGGAGAAAGCUCACCUUCGACGAGGAAGCUUAUAAAAAUGUGAAUCAAGAAGUGGUGGACUUUGAAAAGUUGGAUGACUACGCUUCUGCCUUUCAAGGUCAUGAUGUUGGAUUCUGUUGCCUGGGUACCACCAGAGUGAAAGCCGGGGCGGAGGGAUUUGUUCGUGUUGACCGAGAUUAUGUGCUAAAGUCUGCAGAGCUGGCAAAAGCUGGAGGGUGCAAACAUUUCAACUUGCUAUCCUCUAAAGGAGCUGAUAAAUCAAGCAAUUUUUUAUAUCUACAAGUUAAGGGAGAAGUAGAAGCCAAGGUUGAAGAAUUAAAAUUUGAUCGUUACUCUGUAUUUAGACCUGGAGUUCUGUUAUGUGAUAGGCAAGAAUCUCGCCCAGGUGAAUGGUUGGUUAGAAAGUUCUUUGGCUCCUUACCAGAAUCUUGGGCCAGUGGGCAUUCUGUGCCUGUGGUGACUGUGGUUAGAGCAAUGCUGAACAAUGUGGUGAGACCAAGAGACAAGCAGAUGGAACUGCUGGAGAACAAGGCCAUCCAUGACCUGGGGAAAGCACAUGGCUCUCUUAAGCCAUGACCACGCUGGAGAAAUGGUUUUUAUUGUCAACCUUAACAUCCAUCACCAAAUCGGUAAUUUCAGGGUCUAAAAAAAGUCAGCAUGUUUUAACUUUGUUGUUUUACUAUCCUCAGGCAUCCAUUCCAAUCAAGAAAUGAUGGUGCUCUGCAUCAGUGGUUCAGAGCCUGGUUAUACAUAUAGAUCACUCAGGGAGCUUUGGAAAAAUAAAGAUUUGUCAGCCCUAUCUCAAACUUGAAUCAAAAUUUCUGGGGUGUGGGCACAAUAAUCUGUAAUUUUCUUUGUUUAUACUUCCCCUGAUGCCACUGGUUCUGAUGCCCCUGGUUGGGGGGCCUGCUUUGAAAUGCUUGUCUGCAGAGUCACAACAGCCAUGCAAAUGAGCUCUGCUCUAAAAUUGUUGACAUUCAUGUCUCUGAGUUACAAAAGUGCUAAUUCACUACGUGUAAUUGUGUAAGUAACAUUGUGCCUUUACUACUUCUUUAUGUAAUAGAAGUUAUAUACCUAAGCUUAUAUAAUACAUGGGGAGGAUUAAAUAAAGGAAUAAAGAUAAAUGGACAACUCC